UCGAGCUGCGGCGCCGGCUGCAGCCGCCUGGGCCCCGGGCCCGGCUCCUCCCGCGCCGCCCGGGCGAUGAGAAGCUGCUUCUGCGUGAGACGGAGCCGGGACCCGCCGCCGCCGCAGCCGCCGCCGCCCCAGCGGGGAACAGAUCAAGCCACCAUGCCCGAAGUCAAGGAGCUUUCAGAAGCCUUGCCAGAGACACCGAUGGACCCCAUCACGGGAGUCGGGGUGGUGGCUUCCCGGAACCGAGCCCCAACAGGCUACGAUGUGGUUGCGCAGACAGCAGAUGGCGUGGACGCUGAUCUCUGGAAGGACGGCUUAUUCAAGUCCAAGGUUACCAGAUACCUGUGUUUCACAAGAUCAUUUUCUAAAGAGAAUAGUCAUUUGGGGAAUGUGCUGGUGGACAUGAAGCUCAUCGAUGUCAAGGACACAUUGCCUGUGGGCUUCAUCCCCAUCCAAGAGACAGUGGAUACACAGGAGGUGGUCUUUAGGAAGAAGCGGCUCUGCAUUAAGUUUAUUCCCCGCGAUUCAACUGAAGCUGCCAUCUGUGACAUCCGCAUCAUGGGCCGGACCAAGCAGGCACCGCCCCAGUACACGUUUAUCGGGGAACUGAACAGCAUGGGCAUCUGGUACCGAAUGGGCAGAGUGCCAAGAAACCAUGACUCGUCUCAGCCCGCCACGCCCUCCCAGUCAUCAGCCUCUUCCACCCCAGCCCCAAACCUUCCCAGGCACAUCUCCCUAACACUACCGGCUACCUUCCGAGGCAGAAACAACACCAGCACAGACUAUGAGUACCAGCUCUCCAAUCUGUAUGCCAUAUCAGCAAUGGAUGGUGUGCCUUUUAUGAUUUCAGAGAAGUUUUCCUGCAUUCCAGAAAGUAUGCAGCCCUUUGAUCUCUUGGGAAUCACCAUCAAGUCUUUGGCGGAAAUUGAAAAGGAGUACGAGUACAGCUUCCGCACGGAGCAGAGCGCAGCAGCUCGGCUCCCACCCAGCCCUACCCGGUGCCAGCAGAUCCCCCAAUCCUGAGGAGCCCACAGCCUCCUGGGGGAGAAGACAUCUCCGACCCGGUGCCCAGACUACUGAUGGGGUGGCUGGGGUGAGAGUCACUCCCUCCCUCACCUGCCCAUUCUGCUUGCCCUGCUCACUGGCCACGAGACUCUGGGCAGCUGCUUGGUCAUGUGUGAUCAUCAGCUCGCCCGCUGAGACUUCCCUGCCUCCCCGGGACCGUUGUUCAUAAUUGUGACUAAUGUAUGUGCUGUUAGUGACCAGAGGCUCCUGUGUGAUGACCACUUACCCCGCCAAGAAAGAAAACUCCUUCCUUACCUGGACUCACCCAUGAGGGGCCCAGGCACACACUCCAGCCGCCCAGUGACACCACUGGCUCCCCUCAGCUGACCAUCACCUUAGCACAGAAAUCCCACAAAGCCACUAGCUCCCUCCUGGGAGACUCCAGGGUUGAUUGCUUUACUUAGGACCCUGCAAGACACACUGAUGGCCUCUGACCCAGCCACUUGUCAGCAGGUUCCAGUGGCCCACACAUGCAUUUCAUGGCAGCACUAAAGCAGCAGGACUAAGAUGCACUUGGGACAACUGUGGACUCUUCCCCUAUUCCACACACUGGACGUCCAGAGAGCACAGACAGGACCCCGCUUUCUAUGGAGGUGACUGGGUGCCUCCCUGGAUGGAAACUUGGCUGCUAGGGUACUAUGCCCAGCCACAGGUGCCAAUUCCCACAAAGGGCUCAUCUGUGAAGUGUCCGACGACAGACGACAGCUCCAUAGGCCUCUGCCUGGUGACCUGACCUGGUGGCAGCUGGCUCUGAGAAGAACGGUACAGAGGCACCAACUCGUCACAGCCAGACACACCCCACCAUCUAGAAGGCACCUUCCACCAGGGAGCUACUGUUUUGAAAAGUCUUUCUGUCCCUGGCCUCAGAAUUUGGGCCAGGACAUUUCACAGGUGUCAACCUGAGGUGCCAAGUUGAACCCUCCAUGUGUUGCCAUGAGAACAGUAGUCACCGCCAUCCCAGCUUUCAGCGCUGCUUUGCCACCAUUGGCCUUUAGGGCUGGAAUGACACUGGUCCCCAGAGCACCUGUGGAUGUGAAGAUCUGCCCAGUGGUUAGAGGCAAUGGGCAACUACCCACCAGCUGGUACAAACCCCUCCAGUUACAGCUCCAUAGAGACAGCUGGGUGUCCAAGGUGCAAAAGGAUCAGGAGCAAGAACAAGCCAGCAAGAUGGCGUGAGCUGGGGCAGGGCCAAAAAUACCUCACCAGCCUACACCAGCCCUUCCUCCGUCCCAGACCCUCAGGCCCAGUCAGCCAGUCUUUCUGCUUGAUGGUACUUCAUUUCUGUGUGUCAGGAAGGGUCACCUUGCUUCCUCCCCUCAGAUGUGAGCACACCCUAUGGGGUACCCAUCAACCCCUUGCCUCUGGGCCCCACAUCCUCCGGGUAGCAGAGGUCAUGAAAAGGUGGUGCCCCAGAGGUCCAUGGAGUCAACAUAGGCAUCUCUAGCAAAACCUAGUGCCAUGCUGGUGCUCAAAGGAGCUAAUAAUAAACUGACCUAAGACUGCUCCACAAGCUGGGGUCCCAAGGACCUGUGUCUGCUGCUGCAGGUAUGACAUCAAGUGGCUUGUGUGGCCUGAGGCCCAAGAGAGGGGGUGACCACUGUUGUCUGAGUUAACUGGGAAGGUUGGGCACAAAGUUCUGGACUCUCCUGACCACUUCACUGAAGUCUGUACACUUUGGCCACUCUUCCCGUUCCUCGGUUAUGAAAUCACUUCUGCCAUAGGGAGCCAGGUAGCCUUCCUCUUCCUUGGAGGAGAAUGUGGCUUCUCGGAAGCUCUCGCAGGUCCUGGCCUGGAAGUGCAAAACCGAAGACUGCGGACCUGUUAGUGAUCCAGACGGCCAAGUGAGGGGAUUCCUGGAGAAAGAUCUAGUGCUUUGCAGCCCAUGCGUGCACUCCCACAGGACUUAGCCCCUGGGAGGGAGCUAAGGGGAGGGCAAAGCGCCUGCUCUGAGCUGGAGCAGUCUCCGGAUGGACGGACGGAUGGUUGCUGCAGACUUAGCUGAAGAAGAACCCUGACUGAGAAUGUUGUAGCACUGACAGCUUCUAGCUUUUGAGGUGUUGAGGACGGCUUGGUGUCUGUGGUAGGUUCCAGGUUGCACCCAACCCCUGGUUUCUUGAAUUCUGGUGAUAGUAAUGAUCGUGUGUGCUUACCCAUGCCUGCCUUGUGUGGAUCCAGCAGACCCAGACCCGGCAGUAGAGCUGUGGCUCACAGCAGCACUGAGUGGCCUUUGGGUACCGUGUGGCAGGCACACUGUCAGAUGAGCACAAGGAUUCGCUGGGAGACGUGAAGAGCCGAACCUCUCCCAUGGGUCUCCCCCUCCCCUACCAGCAUGUCCCACAACUGCUGCUGUCCCUGCAAGCACACACAUCUCUCUUGAAAUGACUAACCAGAGCACAGUUCCCUAUCCCCACGUCCCCUCUGAAAAGUCGGUUCCUUCCUGAGGGCCUUGGAAAUGGCACAUGGGUGACA